AUGAGCAGCCGACACUUCCGAUUCGUGCUACUAGUAUUGUUGCUGUCCUCCACAGCCGCCGCGACUGUCACUCAACACAGACUGCUCUCCAGCAUCGACAACUUGCCACCCGAACUCCAAAACACGACCGUCCCUUAUCCAGAAACACGAGCCACAUACGUUCGCUUUCCCUCUACUGCCAAGGAUUUGUUGGCAGAAGAAGUGGCCAAUUACCCGUCUCCACUGGUAGUAGAAGUCACCACAGUGAUUACCCAUUGGCACGUCCCGCUCUGGGAUUUACUCAAAGGCGUCAUUCACAGAUUUCGAGCUCAAAAUCAAAUCAUUUACGUCAAGGCACAUCACUACAUUGGCAAUGGCAUGACCGAACACGGAUGUCGCAUCGAAUGGAUCGAUGAAGACACGGGAGCCAUUACCGAACGAGCCGUCGUCACUGAUCCCUGUCAACAACAAUGCACCAAUCAAGGACGCUACUGUGCUCCCGAAAUACCAAACGACCUCAAUCCAGCCAAUCCACCCAAAAAACUCGUGGAAGAAACCCUCCGUCGGCUCUGUAUCGAUGAUCUCUAUCAUGCGUCCGAUCUCAAACAUUUUGAAUAUCUCGAUGCCUGGAAGGAUCUACAGUGUCAUACCACCGACGACAUGACGGAAUGUGCGAGACAGGCACUCGCGCAAGUGGCACAUACCGAUUGGGCAUCGGUCGAACAAUGCAUGCAAUUGGCCGGAGGACUCGAUGCGGAUACCAUGAAUGUGCGACUCCAAGAACAACUCGAUCGACAACAAGGACAGUAUGCCCUCGAUAAUAUUCCGCUCGUGCAUAUUGCGGGAGAACGCUACAAGGGAUCUUGGGAUGUUUCCAAUCUCCUGAAUGAUAUUUGUGACGCAUAUCCCACUUCGCAACAAUUGCCGACCCAAGUCAAUCCCAUGGGAUGUGAUUUCUGUAGAGAGUGUGACGAUGUACGACAUUGUCUCUGGUACCUCGAAUGCAAUGAACGACCCUUUGAUAUUGACACUUUUCGCAGUAAUAAUAAUGGUGCGGACAGUAGUAACACCACCAUAGCACCGCAAACGAAUGCGCCCAUUGCAACGGCACCGCCCACAACAACACCUGCCGCGCCCUCUGCUGUCACCACAGCCACGCAACCUCCCAACAACAACAACAACAAUGCUCCAGAUAAUGACGACAACGACAAUGAUGAUGUCAAUACGACUGCCUUUUUCAUGGGGGGCAUUUUAGCCGGACUGGUAUUUGGCAUGGUACCGGCAUGUUGGUUUGCUCGACGGGAAGCACGUACCCGACGACAAAUUUCGGCUGCUUUAGCUACUCGUGAAUUGGCGUUUCGAGAUGCCGCACUCGAUGGUGGCACCUACAAGGAUGAAUUGGAUGCUACGACGGGGACGAGACUUUCACCCGAAGAAAUGGAAAAUAUGGAAGAUAUCAUGUUGGAUGAAUUUGAUGGAUUGCCACGAACGCCACAUGCUAUGGUGGGAACGGGGCAAGAAAAAGGCAACAAGAAUAAAAAACCACCUCGUAUUGCGUUUGCAUUGAAUAAGGUUGUGUGAGUGAAUGGCAGCCAGCAACACCGAGAAAAUUAUGAUAUUUUUAUUGAGGUCGAUGACACAUGCAUUGGUGGAGAAAAGAAAAGAAUGGCGCAAACAUGCGUUUACACAGAAACGCACAUAUACGACGAUGAGGCUACAUCGUCAUGCGCCCUUUCAUGGAAGGAACGGAGGAGCCAUGUUAAACUUGGAUGAGUCGAGUCGAAUCGAAUCAUUCCCCACGACAGAAAAAUUGAGAUUGACACCCAAUCAGACGGAACGUCGUCACUGGGAAAGCACACAAGAGCCCAGCAGAAGGACGAGGUCGAAGUGAUUAAUGACCAGGAUAAAGGAGCCGUCAGAGUUAAAAGAGCCCUUUACGUGCCUGCCAUCGAAAUCCCUGCAAAGGCGACAUAUGGCAAGCUCGAAAACGAUUAGGAUCGGGACAACGAAUGCGGAUCUCGAGCACAGCAGGAUUAUACGAAUAGUGUACUUCAUAACUAGCGCGCAAUUUGUUUUAUU